AUGGCUAUGAAUGUGAAGACUGUCCUCAUCUCUGCAGUGUACAAGAAAGCCUUGCGCCUGUCUGCCGAGAGCAACCAGAAGUAUAGCAAGGGUUACACGAUGAACCUCGUCAACGUGGAUUGCGAAUCCGUUUCUAAGGCUUGGGAAGUCACUCACCAGGUUUGGAGUAUCCCCUUUCAACUAGCCGUUAUCAUCGUCCUCCUUUGCCGUCUCCUCGGUUUCUCUGCGUGGGCUGGUGUCGGCGUUCUGUUCUUUUCGCUCCUCCUAUUGAUCAUGGUGGUCCCUACUUUCAUGCGCAAAGCGGCUCCGUGGUUCAUGAGACUUGGUGACCGUCGUCUUAAGACUAUCCGAGAGGUUUUGGACGGCAUUCGCGUCGUGAAGAUCAAUGGCUGGGAGGACCAUUUCUUGGAAAAGCUGCAGGGUAUCCGCAGCGAACAGCUUCGCUGGUUGCGUCAAUUCAACACCGGUGUUGCAUGCUUCGUUAUUGUCGGUCAGGUCACUAACACCCUCAUGCCUCUCGCCGCGUUCUCGCUGUUCGGCAGGGAAAACAUGGGCAUCGUUCCGUCUGCCAGAAUGUUCCCAGCUCUCGCACUCUUCGGCAUGCUCGUUGACCCCCUCAUCGCUUUGCCUCAGUUGCUAAGUUCCUUCGUUAUCGCUAUGACUUCUUGGGGCCGCAUCUAUGCAUUCCUACUCGCUGAUGAAAAGACUGCCCCUUACGACAUCGUCACCUAUGGUGUUAUGGAUAUCAGCCGCUAUGCGCUCACCAUCACCGGUGGUUCGUUCUCCUGGCCUUCCACCGAGGCUUCUGCACCAGGCCCAGUCUCCGCUCCCAAAAGACAAGAAAAAAAGAUUGACGACGAUGUCGAUAGCAUUGACCUUGAGAAGGGAAAGGUUUCUGAGGAGUUUUCUGGUCCUCUCCCUUUUCUGCGCAACGUAAACAUCGCUAUUAGGCGGGGCUCUCUUACCGCAAUCGUCGGUCAUGUCGGAUCUGGGAAGAGUUCUCUCUUAUCCGCUAUCAUUGGUGAAAUGAUGCGUGUUUCUGGCGAAGUCGACUGCAAUGGCACUAUCGCUUACUGCGCUCAGCAGCCCUGGAUCCAGACGACUACCAUUCAGGAUAACAUUCUCUUUGGCCGUCCCCUUAACUUGCAACAGCUCCAAAAGGCCAUCCAGACCACGUCAUUCAACACUGACUUGGAGAGCUUCCCGCAUGGCUUGGCUACCCAGAUGAGCGAGAAGGGAAACAACCUUAGUGGUGGACAGAAGGCUCGCCUUUCACUCUCCCGCGCGGUCUACUCCGAUGCCGAUAUAUACCUCUUUGACGACGUGCUUGCUGCUCUUGAUCCUCGUGUUGGCCGCAGCGUCUUCAAUAACUGCAUUAAGAAAGGCCUCAGAGGAAAGACUCGUCUCCUCGUCACUCACCAACUUCAGUACCUCAACCAAGUUGACCACAUCAUUGUCGUCUCCGAGGGAUCCAUUGCUGAACAAGGCACCUUCGAGGAGCUUGUCGGCAGGAAUGGGGAACUUACUCGUUUGCUCAGCGAUGUCCAGUCGUUCUCUGAAGACAGUGAGGAAAGCAGGAAAGAGGAUAAGCGCAAGAGCAUGGCUGCUCAGAAGAAAGCUACUGAGGAGAAGAAGGAGACCAACGACAAACUCAUUGCCGAUGAGGAGCGCAACGUGGGCGCUGUGGGCGCUGCUACCUGGUGGGCGUAUCUCAAAGCAACCGGUGGGGCUAGCAUGGCUGUCAUGCUGUUCAUAGAGAUUAUCAUGUUGCAAGGAAGUGUCAUCAUUCUAGGCCAGUGGCUCACGUGGUGGACUGAGGACAAGUUUCACGAAAAAGCAGGGGCAUGGAUCGGCAUUUACGACGGCAUCGGUUUCGCAUCCAUUUUGCUUCUAAUCCUUAUGAACGUUAGCAUUCUGCUGAGUACGAUCCGCGCCAGCCGUACCUUCCACUCCAAGGCACUCCUGGGUGUCUUGCGCGCUCCUAUGUGGUGGUUCGAAGGCCAACCUAUCGGCCGUAUCAUGAACCGCUUCUCCAAGGACAUUGAGGCCAUCGACCAGCGUCUCAUGCCCCAACUCUUCCAGUUGAUUGGUGGUGCUGGCACCCUCCUGUCGACGGUUAUCAUUGUUGGCUAUAGCACUCCCAUUAUGCUUGCCUUCAUGUUCCCUAUUACUGUCAUUUACUGGUUUGUUCUGCGCUUCUAUCGCAAGUCCCUUCGUGAGCUCAAGCGUCUGGAGUCUAUACAACGCGGCCCACUGCAAGCCCGUAUCAGCGAAACCCUCGAUGGAAUCCCAACAAUCUUGGCUUACGGACGCGAGCACGACUUCGCAAAUGCAGUCGGCGGCCUCCUUGACACGAGCAACAGGCCCACGUUCCUGAGGAUACAUGCCGAAAUCUGGGUCACCUUGCGUAUGGAAAUACUGUCGUCUGUCGUUGUCUUUGCCCUUGUUAUGCUCGUGCACACGAAGGUCGUCGGUAACAGCACUCAAUUCGCUCUUUCUUUGACAUAUGCGUCCACUUUUACCUACCUCUUGAACUUACUCCUCAAGAGUUCUGCUAAUGUUGAGGCUGAGAUGAACUCCGUCGAACGUCUGAUGAAUUACACCGAGAAUCUUCCCCAGGAACCAGCUGCACACCUCGGUUCCGAUCCUUCGAAAGAAAUAUGGCCCAUGCGCGGAGAGAUCGUUCUUCGCGACAUCAGUGCUGCCUACCCUUCGCGCCCCGACAAGCUGGUUCUUCGUAGCGUCAACCUCACUUUCAAGCCCGGCGAAACUGUCUUCAUCGUAGGAAGAACCGGCUCCGGGAAAUCUACGCUCCUGUCUCUGUUGCUGCGAAUGAUUGACCCCUGUUCUGGUUCCGCUAAGAUCGAUGGAAGAGAUAUUACCUCGGUCGGUUUGACUACUCUGCGUCAGGCCAUGGAGGUGAUCCCCCAAGGCAUACCUACGUGCAACUCAUAUCCUGGCUUAGAUCCUUUCAUCUUCUCUGGCACCAUCCGCUCCGCUCUGGAUUUCGAGGGCAAGUGCGAUGAAAAGGCACUCUGGCAAGCACUCGAACUCGUCGGACUUAAGCAGUUCGUUGCUUCGCAAGAGUUCAGGCUCGACACUGUCGUGGAAGACAACGGUUCUAAUUAUUCCGUCGGCCAGCGCCAGCUUCUCUGCCUUGCGGCUGCUAUCCUACGUAACCCAAAGAUCCUACUCCUGGACGAGGCCACGGCGUCGAUCGAUGCUGGUGCGGACGUGUUCAUCCAACAGGCAAUGCGCCAAAGCUGCCCGAAUGCUACGAUCCUGAGUGUCAUGCACCGAUUGAGUGAUAGGAUCCUCGAGGAAUGUGAUAGGGUAUUGGUAAUGGAACAGGGCGUGCCCGUUGAGUUCGCUUCUCCCAGGGAACUCCUAACACGGCCCAACAGCAUGUUCUCGAAGCUGAUGGCUGCGGCAAGGAACAGCGCUUGAGCUUGUCUAGACUCCUUAGGACCCACGCACUACGCACAAUCUACUACACAUUUUGAUAUUUUUGCAUCAAUCAAUGCGAAGGACACUCGUUUAGUAUCGUUCGGAAAGUUGCGACGCAGGCGAGUACUGCCAGAGUCCGGGUCGGAGACCGAUCAGUAUUGAAUAUUUGAUUCGCGGAUUGGCACAAGGUUUCUGAUCUGCUCACCGCCUGCGUUUGCGAUUGAAUUGAUGCUGAUAGUUCUGUCAAAGCUCUAGCCAAUGUCCGCGGUAAUGAAAUGAUCCCUGGACUCUUCGUCCCCCUGUCGUAAGUACAGGAUCGGCAUACCCUACUGUUACCUUUGGGCGCCACAAUCUGCAAGUAGCAAUGCGGCCGCCUGGUAACAAAGUAAAGCUUCCGACAAGUUCUCUCGAUCAAAUACUCG